AUCCUGCAAGCUCAAUCGGAGCAGUUAAGUUCCAUUCGAAACGUGAUUCUUAGUGUUCGUCGUCGUCGACAACGACGACGACGACGACGACCAACGACGACUCUGAUCCCAACGAUCUAUCUAUUCCUGGCAGUAUUGAGCUCGCCUCCGCCAAGUCCCUGUCUUCUCUUCUUCACGCGAACAUUAUCCUGAUCUGUCUCUCUUUUUCUUUCUCUCAUAGUGUUUAAUUGUUUUUAUUUUCUCUUUAAUUUUCUUUUCUUUUUCUUUCUUUUUUUUUUUUUUUUUUUUUUUUUUUAUUGACAACACAGCGUGUUCGAGUUAAAUUAACGGAGUGUAUGAGCUUUCUGCUAUUUGUGAUUUUACUAGGAAUCGAUAAAUAGAUCUAUAGAUUACAGAUCUAAUUUGUUCCGUGAAAAGUUUGUUGAAAAAAAUUUUUCGAUUUGAAUCGAUUUAAAGGGAAGUGUUACGUGUUAGAAGAGACUUGAAUGUUGCCUUUGUAUUGAAGGAUCUUUGAAACGUGAAAUUCGAGAAGAAGCUCGUUGUAAUAUAAUAAACAAGAAAAGUAAGAUUCUCAAGCUCGACAUUAUCUGUGUUUUUCGAUUCCUAAAUAAGGAGAACUUAUGGUGCAUAAACAUGGUCAUUGUUCUUGGCUAAAACGCGAUAUUCUGUGGGUCAUUAUCGCCUUGUCCUAAAUUCUUCUUUCCAAAAUCUAUAGCCUCAUCGUAAAACGAAUGCCAACAUUUAACGACGAUCUGAUCUCUUAAGGCCAAUCGUGAAUUGUCUAUAAAUAAGUGUGGUGACAGUGCAAAACAUUCAUUUCUAUAGUUCGAUGAGGGUCCAUUUCAUUAUCAUUUUAUAUUAAAACAAAGGUGAAGUGUCAACGAAUACAACGACGUUGUUAAUCUUUAUUUAUAUUUGAUAUAAGUGAGAAUGAUAUUUGCGUGAACGACAAAAUGGUUAGCACUAGUUCGCCCGGUGGGGCGAGCAUCUAUGAUCGCAAAAGAAAUAAUUUUCGUGGAAUACCAAAAGCAGAAGUUGAAAGAAGAACUAAUGUUCUUCUACAAGCAAUGACGAUCGAGGAACUUUACACGGCUCUUGUGUAUAUGACACAACAUCAAAUCGGCUAUGACGUUUCUAACGAGUGUGGACAAGAAGCUCUGUUAAAUCAUCUGCAAAAUGCAUUCAAGAUCGACAAUGAAACUCAUGAAAGAAUAUUGGAAGAAACGCAAAACAUGGAGGCUCCAGAAAUGCAUCUCAAUGUAGAAGUGAUCGAAGCCAAGGAAUUGGUAUCCAAAGAUGCUAAUGGAAAAAGCGAUCCGUUUUGCGCUCUUUAUCUCGAAUCAGCUCCUACUAGAAGAUACAAUACAGCUGUAAAAACGUCUACUCUUAGCCCAGUAUGGGAAGAACAUUUUGAAUUACCUUUAGAGGAUCCAGAAAAUGACGUUCUAUCCCUGGAAGUUUGGGAUUUCGAUGCAGCUGAAACUGUGCCUGAGAAAAUAAGUAAAGUUAAAGAUAUUAAAGGUGUUCGUGGUCUCGUGAAACUUGCUAAGGAAAUCGCUGUAACAGCCACAACUGGUAAUCAUGAUAAUGAAUUUAUUGGACGUUGUCGAAUACCUUUAAAGGAUAUUCCAACGACUGGACACAUGAUGUGGUAUCCUUUGGAGAAAAAAAAUAAAUCUAAACGACGAGGAGUUGUUAAAUUAAAAUUGGCUUUUAGCGCGGAACAUAAUGCGCAAGUUGCUGCUCAGGAACACAGACAUUUACUCAGAGUUUUAUUGUUAUAUGAACUUGAGACCGAAAAAGUUGAAAAAUAUUGUUGGUGUGGUCGAUGGUCAGGUCCUGCAGAAGCAUUAAUCCUUCAACAUAGUGCACAACGUGGUCUUUUAGCUAGAAAUAUUGCUUUAGCACAAUGGAUUGAAUAUGCCAGGAUCCAUCAAGAACAUCCACUUAAUUUUAUGGUUUUUAAUAAAUUGAUAGUCGAUUUGUUAAGACCUAUGGAUAAUGGAUUAUUUUCUACGGACGAAACCAAACUAUUUUGGGAUGCUACAAGAAAACUAUUAUAUUCUUGUUUAAACAGUAUCAGGAAAAUAAGAAGAUUAAUUUUAGGAGACAAGAAUGCCACAACACAGUUAUCGGCUAUUUUAGGGAUAUUAUCAUCUAUUGCCACUCUUAAAAUUCCUGAAGAUUUUGAUUUAUUUCUUGCAAAGAUGUAUCCUUGGUUUCCAGAACCAGAUGGUACGAAAUUGGAUGUUAUCCAAGGUUUAGAGAACACAGUUAUACAAGGCGGUAUCGAAUGGUUUGAGCACAUAGCAAGUAAUACUACUCCCGAAACUAAAUCGGACGAAGAUACAUUAAGAUAUUAUAUUAAAGUAAUUCAAUUAAUCAGAGCAGAUUUACAAAGAUCUAUAGAUUAUUAUGACAAGUUGUUCAUUAAAAAAAUUAAUUUUCCUUAUACAAGAACAUUGUAUAUUAUGUAUGAAAAGAAAAUAAGUGACAUGUGCAUGGAGGCUGUGGAAGAUGUGUGUGCAAGAUUGAAACAUAUAGAAGUCGAUACUAAUAAUGAUUCCGAGCUAAGUCUUGGUACAACUUUGUUCGAACUCUAUCUAACUCUUCAACGAUAUGCUAUACUGGGACAGAUAGUCUGUGCCGAAGGACAAUUGGAACCUAUGAAAAUACAAAGUUAUCAUGACUGGUUUAAAGCUGGUGUAGCACAUUGGUUAGAUAUUGCAGUAUACAAAGCUAUAAAACGAAUUGAUAGAGCUGUUGAAUUUGAUACAUUACAGGCUAUUGAUAAUACUGUACAAUAUACAUCCAGUGCAGUUGAUACAUUAACGAUUUUUUAUCAAAUCAAAGUUUUCUGGACACAACUGGCAUGGCCUGAUGUUGAAGGAUCUUAUACAUUUGUCACUAAAAUUAUAGACGAUAUUUGUAAGUGUUCCAUUGCAUAUGCUGACAAAAUGGCUACAAAAGCAGAGAUUACAACAGAUUUAGAACAGCUUACUGAAAAUAGUGUCUAUGAGAAAAAAUUCUUGGUAUCUAAUGCCUGGUGCUUUGCUAUUAAUAAUAUUGACUAUAUCAGAACAUCGAUUGGUCCAUUAGCAAAUGACUUAGGGCUUCAAGGUAUCGUCGAUGCUUUAGGAGAAAAUAAGACGGAAGAAGAAGCCGAUCGUUGCAAACAAACUCUUCAGCUAAUCAUUGCUAAUGCGGCAGACACGGUGAAAAAUAAAAUUAUUGAAUUAUUAGAAGUUGUUGCGCACAAAAUGGCACCUGCUAUGAAGAGGUAUCUCAUGGAAGGAGCAGAAUUAAUAGAUACUACUAGUAAUGCGAUGGAUCGACUUUUGCAAUAUCUUGAUUCAAAUUUAACGAUAUUACAUGAUAAUCUUAGUCAGGAUAAUUUUGAAAGAGUUCUCCUUGUUAUUUGGGAAAUAAUGUCUGAAACACUUUAUCAGUUAGUUCAUAGUAAUCUAGAAAAAAGAAGACCACCUUCAUUUUACUCUAAUCUACACCGGACACUUCAUACACUCAUUAGAUUUUUCAAUCUUGGUGCAGAUGAAACGUCGAACGUGCAGGUUUUAGAGAAGAUUGAAGAACUUUUGAAACUUCAUGGUUUGGAAACGGCUGAGCUUAUUCAUCGAUAUAAUCAAGAUCGAUUGAAAGAACAGAAAGAGAUGGAAGAAACUAUCUAUGGUCUUCUCACUGUUAAAGCUUGGUUCUUGAACAAUUCAUUGAACAUUCAAAUUCUCAAUGCCAGAAAUCUACGACCGAUGGAUAGUAAUGGAGAUUUUAUAGGCAAGCUGUCUACUCUCGAGCGCAAACUGCACUCUAAAUCUAAACAAAGACUGAAAGAAGCGAAGAAAAGCAAAUGUGAUUCUUACGUAAAAAUAAGAUUGUUGCCGGAAGAAAAAUUUAUUGAUAACAAGACACCAAAGACGCAUGUACAAAAGGAAACUUUGUUCCCUCUUUUCGAUGAAACUUUUAACAUUCCUCUUACCGAAGAACAACGAGCUAUAGAGGAUGCCAUAGUGGCUUUUGAAAUAAAAGACAAGGAUUUCUUACGAACUAGAUUUAUGGCUGAAGCCUUUCUAUCAUUCCGUGAAAUUCCAGAAGUGGGACCAGAGAAAGGAAUAGAAUCAAUGGAACAAAUUCAUUUAAAACUUUCACGGCCAAAUAAUAAAAGUACGGACGUAAUUCGAGCCUUAGAACAUAGGAAAGGAGACAACCAAGCAAUGGAUUUCAUAUCUAAAAUGCAUAAUAAAUGCAAUGCAAAAUAAAUAGAAACACAUUAAUAUAAAAAGUCAUAUCGAAUAAUGUUCAUAAAUGUAGCUAUCAUCACUCAUUGCCUUAAACUAGUGUCAUUUUUAAAGAAUUUUAAUAUUUAACAAAAAACGAAAAAAAGAGAUUUCUCCCACAUAAAUAUAAAGAAUAUUUUAAUUUGACAAUUAAGCGUUUUUAUAAAAAAAAAAAUGUUAGACUAUGUAAAGGCAACAUUUUUAUACUUUCCCAUAAUAUUUUUAAAUUUUCGCAUUUCAUAAUGUUAAGGAAUUUGAAAGUCUGAAUAAGUGUUACUUAUAUUCAGUACGUGCAUUUCCAUAAGAUGCAAAUGUCUUAUUUAACAACAUAUAUUAUUUAUAAAAUGUCAUUUGGAAAGGAUAAUAUAAAUUUGGCAAAAAUAAUUUUACAUCAAAUACAUGUACAUAGAUAGAGACGUGUCAAAUUGUUAAAUGUAAAUACGUAUAGCAGCAUUAUUGUAAUUGGUAGCUAAUAUUUUUAUAAUCCAUUUAUGAAAAGAAAUUUAAAAAAAUUAGAAUAUACAUAUACAUAUACAUAUAUAUAUAUAUAUACACACACACAAUAAUUAAUUUAACUACAGUUAAUGUUAUUACAAAAAUAUGCAGUAAGUGCAUAACAUGCAAAAGUAAGAAUUUAAUCUAAGAAUAUGAUUUAGAUUAAUCAAAUUGAGCGUUUGACUGCCUUUUAAUUAAUAUAGAAUAUUUUUAUUUCUAACAAACUUUAAACAAUUUUUUUCCCUUUAUCACAAUGUUACAGUUUUGAUUUAUGCAAGUAAGCAUAAGAAAUACAUUCUUUUAUAUUCUUAUAAUCCAUAUUAAUACAAUAUUGUAAAAUAAUAUUAACAUUAUUUUCUAAUUUUUAGAUAUAAUUAAAUUUUUUUUUACAACUUUGGUUAUAACUAGGGAAAAAUAUAAUGAUCGAUCAAUACUGCCCAUCAUCUUUGAUUAUAUAUAAUAUAAUGAGUACAGACAAUUCUUGAUGGACAUAGAUAAACAGGCUCUUAUUUUAAAUGCGAACAUUUAAGCGAAAACAUAGCUUUCUCGAAAUUGUUAAAAAACUUUAUCAUUAUGCACAAACUAUUCUCGAAGAAAGAUUACUUUUUGACACGAUUUUUUUAUGAAAAAAAUAAACUUUUAUAAUAAUUCGAAA